GAAUCGUUUGGUUCUACGCAAAUCCAGUCGCCGGGGUGCUCUCAGACACUGCCGGGCGUUCGUACAGUUCGAUUCGCGCGUGUCGCGUUGUGACAUAUAUUACGAGUAAUUCUUCAACGGUUCAGAGGGUACCACAUUUUUGCGUCUAUUAAAACCACAUAUGCUGCAGCACGUGCGACUGUGAAUUGUGUUCAUUUCGGUUUCCAGAAGGAAAUACGCACGCCUAACCAUGGCUUUCGUUAGAACCGGUGUGCUAUUGGCGGUGUUGAGCCUAGUGGGAAUAGCAAAUGCUGCAACGGUAAUCAGUGCGGAGGUACCGAUGCGCCAACAGACGCAGUUGAACGAAGAGCCGGUAAUCGGAGUCCUAGCUCAGGAAAUGUCCUACUCGCUUGCGGCCAAGUACGAGGAGGACUACGAAAGCUACAUUGCGGCGUCCUACGUCAAAUUCGUGGAAGGUGCCGGAGCACGUGUGGUACCAAUCUGGAUCAAUAAGCCUCGCGAAUACUACGAAGACAUCCUACCCAAGCUGAACGGCGUCCUACUGCCGGGUGGUGCCACCUGGUUCAACCAAUCCAACGGGUACGCCGAUGCAGGUCGUCAUAUCUACGAUGUGGCAGAAGAGAUCAACAUACAGGGUGGUUUCUUGCCAUUGUGGGGCACCUGCUUAGGGUUUGAAUUGCUCACCUACCUGGCGGCUAACGGCGACGAGCAUCGUGCUCAUUGCAGUUCGAACAACCAAGGUCUGCCUUUGGACUUCAAAUCGGACUUUAGGAAGAGUCGCAUGUUCGGCGAAACUCCUGAUGAAAUCAUCGAAAUCCUAGCGUCCGAACCAGUCACACCGAAUUUCCACCAAUACUGCGUGACCGAGAAGAACUUUAGCGCCUAUGGAUUGGAUCGGGAAUGGCGGGUUAUGUCGACCAACCAGGACUGGAACGGAUUGGAGUUCAUUUCCACCAUCGAACAUAAAGUACUUCCAUUCUACGGUAUCCAGUUCCAUCCGGAGAAGAACAUCUACGAGUGGGUACGUAACAAGAACAUUUCCCACACAUCGAAUGCCAUCAAAGCGUCGCAAUACUUUGCGGACUUUUUCGUGAACGAAGCCCGAAAAAGCGGUCAGAGCUUCCAGAGUGAGGUCGAAAUCGAUCGACACGUGAUCUACAAUUUUCCGAUGACGUUCACCGGUCUGAAGAAGUCCGCAUUUGAGCAGUGUUACCUGUUUGAAGGUAAUGUGGGCUACUUGGAAUUAUCUGAGACGGGGAAGAAUUCCGCUGCCGCCGGUGGUGUGAUAGGUGUGUACAGUGCUAAUGGCAUGGUUUGGACAUUUGCAUGCGUACUUGGCAUGAUAUUGAGGUCAAUGAGCAUGGAUCACUAAUAAAAUGGAUUAAAUUUCGACAUUGUUCGCAUGAUUUGAUUACUAACACUCAAACUUCCUACUAAUAUUAAUAUAUAUUUCUGUAGUAACUAUCCGAAACAUCAUUGUAACCGAUGUAACAUAAGGCUAAGGUUUGCAUUAUAUAAUUAACAUUUAGUCGUAAUAGAUGACAGAAGACAAAUUUAAACCAUUCCAAUUUCCAGCCCAACGCUACGUGGAACGCAAGAAGAAAAAGUGCAACAAAGAGAAAACUCCGAACUUGUGCAAACAUUGAGCUUCAUCCGA